CGCGCUUGAAUAAUUGACAUGCCCACACUGGACUGUUACUUAUCCUUGGCGACCAUUUGCACCCCCCCAAACCAUUGAUUGACUUACCAAUUGUUUACAAUGUAUUAUUGAUGGCCAUAAGUGUUUUUAUUGCGGUAUGUCCUCCACAAUAGGACAAAGUGCGAAUAUGUCACGUCCUGGGAGCAGACUCGACAAUCGGUUCGACAGCAGAUUCGAGACUAGACCGUCGAGCAGACCCUCUAGCAGGGCAUCCGUCAGGCCAUCCUCAGUCGCCGGCAUUCAUACCUCGGCGUACGAUGCAGAGUUCAACCGCACCCGUCCCCAGAGCCGCCAGAGCCUGCCCGGUCCAGGCCCGGCAAGUCCCAGCUCCGGCAAGCGGAAGAGAACCCACCCAGCUCCAACCGCCGACGAUGGUCUCCUGAAGGGGUCAAUUGUUCUCAAGCCACAUCCCUCGAGCCUUUCAGCAAAGCCGCGCAUUCUACAUCCCCUAAUGCUUCUACCUCGCGAGGCCCUACCACUGUCAGCCCUCGACCUCUCUCAACCCCAUGGCGACUUCCCCGCGAGUCGCCUUUUCGAAUCCAAAAUCAAGAUCCUCGAUCUCGAGGGUCGCCUAGGGUCCAAUGUCCUUCUCGCCCGCUCAGAGACAACCCGCAGGGCAUAUGCCGUCGAACGCGAGAACAAUGGACUAUACGUGUUGUGCAAGUUGGGAUCAUGGGUGGAUAUCGAAAUGCUCAGUCAGAGCGCCACAGUUGUGUGUAAGGAGCGGAUGAGGAGCCGCAAGGCCGUCAAGCAGGAGCAGGCCGCCGAGACCCCGCUGAUUACGCCUUCGAUGUACAGCGAUAGCAAGAGGAGGAGACUGGCCAUCGAAGAGAUACAGUCCUUGGUUCGGAAGCGUUCGAUAUCGGUUAUCGAGAAGGAACCGCCAAAGCCACUCCCAACGCCAACGGCAACCGAGGAGAGCCCGGCAUCAUCAGGAGCGGGCGACAUCCAGGUGGCAAACUUGGUGAUGGGACAUGAUGAACCUACCAUUGUGCCUGGGCCAUCCGUAUCCAGCAGGCCAGAUACUCCCGCACCAGCCACAGAACCCGUUAUCGACGACCCCCUUGUCCAGCCCGAUGCCGAGGACAUCUUUCUCAAUAUCAGAGCUCAGUAUAUGGAAGCCCUGUAUCAUUCAAAGGGUUCGCUAGCGUACUUUGCCAAAGGCCCUCUUUCUAAGGCGAGGGCGGCGUUCCAUUUGGACUGGGAUUCCAACCUUAACAUGAACGACCUGGUAGAGUUCUUAAAGAGUCUCAUUAUGACCACCGUCGUGAUCGACAAGAAGUAUCGCGAAACAAUUCCUGAGAUCGUAGCCAAGAUGAAAACGGUCACCCAGGAGUCGGAAAACGGCGCCUCAAAACCCAGGAAGAAAAAGGCGAAAAAACCAAAGUUGGGUAAGGACGGGCUGUACCCCGGAGAGAUCAACCAUGUUCGGCGGUGGUGGACCUCACAUCAACCGGACUCAAGCGGUGAUGACGCGAAUGCCUUGAGUCCCACGGAACAUAAAUACCACGUAUCUUGUUUGCGAAGGAGGGAAACGCAGCUGCAGAUAAUCUUGGUAUUGGAGAUCUUGGCCCUCGAGCCUGUGGCGUUGGCGAAGGGCGCCGAAUGCCAACUCCCGGGGAUGGAAUCCCAAGUCGCCUCCCGGGAGGAAAGCCAGGAACCAUCAGCCAAAAAAAGGAACAGACACAACCUGCCGGUGCUCCUCGAAGUGCACGCAGAUCGCCUCUGCAUCUGGCAGUCUACCACGUUGGACGAGGUCAAGGCGGUCGCCGAAUCGCAAAUUCCUGCCGAGGGCCAUGAGGGUGAACAACCCGAGAGGGCCAAUUCUGACCCCCUCAGGGACUUUUGUGUGGAUAUUAUUGUGCCAUUUUUUUCAGCCCGCCUUCCAGGUCACUGCGACUCUCUCAACCGCAAGCUAGGGGGCCCUGUCGCUCAGUCCCCCGUCAGAGCAAAGGUGCCUAGUUCGGCAGUCAAGCCGAAGCCCGGCGCCCCGAUGAAACGGCCGACGGCGAAACGGGACAAGGACAGGACACUCGAGCGUGCCCUCUCGGUUGAGCGGAGCAGACGCAGCGUCUCACGAGGGCCCGCCGCAACAAUUGCUCUACUGCGGUCUGCCACACAAACAGUGAUACCAGGAUUGAAGCGAGAGGCGACCGAUUCAUCAUUGAUGGGGAUGGUUCCGAGGGCGGAAUCCGGUUUGGUCAAGGAGCGGCCAUCGCACAUGUUCUCCAGGAGCGUAAGUUUGGGCGGGGUGGACCUCAAGGCACAGAAGAAGGCCCAAGUAGACGCCGAACUCAAGGACGCCAUAUCGGCACUCAAGAAGCCGAACCGGACCCUGGCGGCCAAGGACAUUGUCGAAGCAGCCGAGAAGCGGACAUCGGCUGGGCAGCUCAAAAGAAUGAGAAAACCAACCCGUCCCGCCGGUGUACAGGUGAAAGCCACGCCAGCCAACAACCGCUUCAAGGACGCCCUCGCAGCCAGCAAGACGCAGUCCCAACUGUCACCGUUCCUCGACGCAGCCCCCUCCAGCGCCUCGGUCGUUCCCGCAUCGACCCUCCCACGCAAGUUCGCCAACCGGCUCACCGCCCCCGCCCUGCCGGCCGAUCGCAUCCAAACGACACCGGUGCGACCCACCCACCCGUCCGUCCCUGCCACGGGGCUCCGGCCCGUUCAGGAAACGCCCGGCCCCGGCAUCCUCCCUUCCUCGCCCAUCAUGGCCCGGAAGGCCGCGCCGGCGCCCCCGCCCAAGUUCGCGCUCGCCCAGCCCCGCUCCAAACACCUACCGGUCCCCGCGGGCCGCUCCGGUGUGGGGGAGGUGCCCUCCUCGCCUGGUCUGGGCACGCUCUUUGAGACGCCGGUCAUGCCGCGGUCUGCGAGGGGCGGGUUGGAGGUCGUGGAUGACACGCCCAUCAAGUCGAGGCUUCCGCUUGGGUUGGCCGGGGAUGGUGGGAACAGGGUUGGGGGGAGUAGAACGGGCGAGGUGGGGAAGGGGUUUGGUGAUAGCGGAGGGAGUGAUGGUGCUGCUGCAGACGCGGCAGGGGCGAAGGAGAAUGGGGACGGGGGUGGUGCAACUGGCAGCGUGGCGAGCAUUUACCAGCGGCUUGGCUGGGAUACGACCGAUCUGGAUGACAUUGAUGAUUUGUUAUGACUGGAUAGAUAGAUUUGGCUUGGGUUCCAUUGGCGGGCGUUGGGGCUCAUAAACGCGCAGCGAUCUUCUGAGCAUCUAACUCGGUGUUGGGGGGGUUGUUGGGAUACAUACAGGAUCGCUGGAAUUAUACCGGGAAGAGCAUAGCUGGCGGCGGCGGCAUGGGAGCAAUGUGGGCUAGAACUACCGAGGCAGGAGCAGGAAGCAUCUUUUUCCAUUAGCCCUAUCUAGCAUGGACAGGUAUACAACAAUAAGAAAAAGAUUAUCAAACAAGUUAGUUAUCCAGACCUCCCCGUUUCAUGACAUCACCAACCCCCUUUCACUCCCCAUUC